AGUGCAAACUCAGACGAUUUAUUAAUUUUUCAAAUUGAAUUUUGGCCUCAAUUUGAAAAUUUCUGUUAAAUCGUCGAUAACAAGGCCAUAAAAAUCGCAUUUGUAUUUCUCCCUGAGAUAACAAAGGUUAUCAUCACUCAGUGCAGAACCUAACCAAGAUGCAAGAAACACCACUUGAAGAAAUUAUCUAUAAAGCACCUGACGACUCCCCUACGACUCUAAAACUUACAAAAAAGCCACAAUUUAAUUUUUAUCUCUAUCUCGUCGCAGCCAUCGCCAACUUGCUGGGUUUCUCAACCGGAACUGCAAUUGUUUGGGUGGCUCCAGUACUACCAAAACUCCUCUCGAGUAAAAACCUUCAAGACAGCCCCCUAGGGCGCAUUAUAACCCACUCGGAGGGGGCAUGGAUCGCCGGUUUGCUACCCCUGGGGGCAAUUUUCGGCCCUUUUCUCGCCGGAAAAAUCGCCGAUAAAAUUGGACGAAAAAAAAGUCUGAUUGGUUUAGCCCUAAUUAAGGUUGUCUCGCUCCUAAUCACGGCUUAUGCCACGUCUAUCUCUCUUUACUACGUCUCGAGGUUCAUGAUUGGUGUUGCAAUCGGGACGAUUUUCGCAGUGCUACCAAUGUACUUGGCCGAAAUCGCUGAAAAUCACAAUAGAGGCACUUUGGCGUGCUCUAUGGGCGUUUUCAUCGCAAUAGGUUUCAAUUUUACGUUCCUAUUGGGGCCCUAUUUGACUGUACAAAACUUCUGUUUGGUUUGUCUCACCCCUUUGGUGGUUUUUGUACCAAGUUUCCUCAUUUUGUGCCCCGAAACCCCCGUUUUUUUGGCCGUAAAACACGAAAGAGGAAAACUAGUCAAAAGUUUGCAAAAAAUUCGAAACGACAAUUUUGAACCCGAAUUAACACUUCUUGAAGCUUCCCAACAAAGCCAACAAGUCACAAGUGGGAUUAAAACUCUCCUCAAGACGAAAUCACUGCGAAAAGGCCUGAUUAUCUCCCUAGGACUGAUAAGUCUGCAGCAAUCGGCCGGCGUGAGUGCCAUAAUGUCGUACUUACAAACCAUUUUCGAAGCAACGGGAAGUAAAUUCGCCCCGGAAAUUUGCGCAAUGAUCAUUGGGAGUUUUCAAGUUGUCGGCACACUUUUAGCGUCCACGAUUGUGGAUAAAGCCGGGCGGAAAAUCCUACUUUUGUGCUCCUCGGCCGGAAUGUCAAUAACUCUGCUUUUGCUCGCGUUGUAUUUUUACCUCCAGGGUUAUAAAUUUGCAAUUGUGGCUAAAUUGUCGUGGUUGCCGGUUUUAUCACUUGUUGUUUUCGUUUUAUCGUUUAGUUUUGGUCUGGGGCCGGUGCCAUGGGCAGUAAUGGCCGAGAUUUUUCCAGCAAAUGUUAGAUCUCUAGCUGCGUCUUUGACGAGUAUUACUUGUUUUAUUAACACUUUUGUGGUCACUGUCACUUUUCCCUCGAUGGCGUUGUUUUUUGGAAUGUCGAAUUGUUUUUUGAUUUUUGCCGCCAUUUGUAUGGCAGGGACUUUUUUUAUUUAUAAAGUUUUGCCCGAAACGAAAGGCAGGAGUUUACAAGAAAUACAAAAAUUGUUGGAAGGACAAAAAUAAAAUUUUGUUUAUUA